CAAACAAUGAACACUUGUAUUUGCUUAAACGUAAAUGUCGAGUAUAGAUAAGUCACACACAGCAAUUAAGACUAGAACAAUGAAUUUAUACAAUAUGCAAAAGGUGGUAGUGGUAAAAAAAGUAAAACCGGAGAACAAUUAAAGUCAACCACGGACAGAUCUGUGGUCAGUUCAAAUUGGGUCCCGCUUACCUUCAGUCCAGUUUUGAUCAGCUCAAGGAAACAGCGAAUUUCAAUUAGCAUUAUGGAGGGAAUUGGCAAAAUUUUCUUUCUGAUUUCAAUUUUAACUGUAAUCCACCAAACAUCGGCGUCAGACAUGCCGUCAGUGUUGAUACUAUCGCAAAACAGCUGGUUCACAUUUCAAUCGGCAAAGAAGAAUUGUAUGUUGACUGACGGCCAAAACAAAGACAACAACGGCAAAUUAGUUAUGUGGGGCGAAUGUUUCACCAAUACAAAAAAUGCGUGGUGGAAAGCAGUCAAUAGCCCCAACGACCCCAACCAUUUCACAUUACAAAACAGAGAUUCUGGCUUGUGCUUGUCGGUGGGUACAGACCUGACCGACACUGGGAAUGAUGUACGUGUUAAACAGUAUGCAUGUCAAAGUAGUCGACCAGCUACUCAACUUUGGUCGGUGGACAUAAUUACGGACGAUAGUCAUCAACACUGGAUACGUUUGAAGGGUAGUGGCGGUCGAUGCCUUAGUUUCGAUCCGGCCAACAAUGAAAUUAGAGGCGAGAUGUACAUGUAUGACUGUGGAUGCUGUGAUCGAUAUACGAAUCAGUACUUCAAGCUAGACUUUUACGGAUUCAGAGACUAAAUUAAGCAGAUUUUCAUUGAACCCAAUUCGAAUCAAAAAGGCGUCGGUUCAAUAUUUAAGGCUGUGACAUAAACGACAAUUUGUAAGUUUCAUUCAUCUAACAAAAUUUGAUUUCUUUCUUUGAAAAUAAAAUAUUAACAAAUUAAGAACGACUG